AUGUCGAUGGUAUCCGAUAUUUUCCUCCAAAUAGUUCUCGGACUCCUCACCAUCAUAUUGUUCUCGUCUGUCCAUGGAAUUCCCCAGAAACUCCUUGCCAAGCUUCGCAACCGCGACCGACCCCAGUUCCAAUCCAAGCGUCACUUCGUCGUCGGAGCUCAGCUUCUCGCCCGAUCCAGAUCCGCCAAGUCUCGCUCGGCUUCCACUCGGUUAGCCAAAGAAGCCGAAGCCGAAGCCGAGAAAGCCAUCGCGCUUGACCCGAAAGAUGCCGCUGCUCACAUCCUCAAGGCUUUGGCUCUUGACCUCCAAGGCUUCAACACAUCUGCGCUCGAUUCCCUCGACGUUGCUCUCUCCCCACUCGCCAUCAAAUCUCUCGAAGAUGAGGAGCGUGGGGACGCGCUGUGCAAGCGUGCCGAGUUGAAAAUGGCCGUGAAUCAGCGCGGCGGCGGCCGGGUUGACUCGGCGCUGGACGAUCUGACUCAGGCCUUGGAAUUGAUUCCGAAGAAAGGGAAUGCUUUUUACCUGCUUGGUAAGUGUUAUGAGGAGAAGAAGAUGAAGGAGGAGGCUUUGAAGGCUUACGAGGAUGCCUUGGCCGCUGAGCCCCGGUUCACCGUCGCUCGGGAAGCUCUGGACCGGUUAAGUUCCUAA